UCAGUGUCGUGCGCGCAUAGGGCUGCUGCUGGUAGCAUUUCAAAUCGCUCUCGUUUGUCUUUUCGCUAGCCAUGGAGAGCGAUUUUUAUCUGCGGUACUACGUGGGUCACAAGGGUAAAUUUGGUCACGAGUUCCUGGAGUUUGAGUUCCGACCCGACGGGAAAUUGAGAUACGCCAACAACAGCAAUUACAAAAAUGAUGUCAUGAUCCGGAAAGAGGCUUAUGUACAUAAAAGUGUAAUGGAGGAAUUGAAAAGAAUAAUUGAUGAUAGUGAAAUCACCAAGGAGGAUGAUGCCCUGUGGCCACCUCCUGACCGGGUGGGCCGACAGGAACUUGAAAUUGUCAUUGGAGAUGAACAUAUCUCCUUUACAACUUCAAAAAUUGGUUCUCUUAUUGAUGUCAAUCAAUCCAAGGAUCCAGAAGGCUUACGAGUAUUUUAUUACCUCGUUCAGGACCUGAAGUGUUUGGUCUUCAGUCUUAUUGGAUUACACUUUAAGAUUAAACCAAUCUAAAUUAAAUAUUGGUGUGGACACAGGGGGAUGGGAGUAGCUAUUUUUAAUUACUGUUAUCAGGACAUUUUUGUGUAUAUCAUGGAAGUAUUUUUUGUAUGAACUCUAAAUGAUUGUCUUUCAUAAAUGUGACAAAAUGUAAUUUUUAUCAUUUUGUAAAGACACAAUUUUGUUAACCUCUGA